CAGGCACCCCGGGGGAGUCCGAUUUUUGAGCCAGCUUCCUGUUUUCUUGCUUGGCAGCUUUACAACAACCCUUUUUUUCUGCAAAAGCCUGGUGCUGUGGAGUGCGACUUUCCGUUGCACGCCAGCAAAUAAACUUUUCAGCCCGGUAACAAAUUCCGCGACCGUGAAGGGACUCUGAAUCCAACUGCGUUACCUUAGCCGGUGGCUCGUAUACCCCCAGUCGGGGGACUGGGUUCCGAACUCCCUCCGAUCGGCAGAGUCAGCCUUCGCUGCUUUCUGGUUUUAACUUCGGGGAGAGAAACUUGUUUGGGGUUCGGAAGACAUCCUUUCGGUGAGCGAGAACGUACGGAUAACUGACUGCCGGUAAUUUUCUUCGUGUUCGACCUCAGCCGAGAGGCCCUGGGUAAGGAGUUUUCCCUCUUAGAAAGGAAAACGGGGGGUUACACUCACAGAGGGUCUCUUGGCUAAUUGGAUUUCUUGGAAAACCGUGUGAGCGGCUCUGUGUGACCUGCUGAGAAUUAAUUUAAAUAAUUCGGAGAUAAAAUGGGAAAUAAGAAUUCAGUCCCAAAGUAUACUCCCUUGGGUUGCAUCCUUAGGAACUGGGCAGUGUUCGCGAGUGACUUCAUCACGAAGAAAAAGAUGAUAUUUUUCUGUAAUACUGUCUGGCCACUGUAUUCCUUGGGUUCGGGAGAAAAAUGGCCUAAGAAUGGUUCCUUAAAUUACAAUACUAUCUUGCAAUUGGAGUUAUUUUGCAAAAGGGAGAAAAAAUGGUCUGAGAUGAGCUAUGUACGAUCUUUUAUGUUGUUAUACCAGAAUGAGGAAAUUCAGAUAAAAUACAUGAUUUGGGUGCCAAAGAGUCCCCAAAAAGAGGAAACUUCCCUUGAUUCUCGUAAUAAGGAAGAGAAUUCAUUACCCGCGCAGUUAAAUACUACCACUGGGCCACCUCCCCUUGGAACUGCUGGGGACCUUGUCCCCCGACGUUCGGCACCUCGGGCCCCAGCUCCAUCCCCUUCUCCAGAUUCCGGAGGACCUGUAGUGGUCUCUAGGUCUCAUACCUGCCAGGAUACCUCGUUGGACCAGAGGGCCACCCAAAUUCAGGCAGGAAGAUCGCCCCUGAAUGAGGUGCUGAUCGGUUUCAUCUUAGUGCGUUCCCAGUUUUCCACCUCUGACCUGCUGAACUGGAAAACCAAGAUGCCUCCUUACCUAGAUGACCCUAUUGGAAUGAAGAAUUUUUUUGCCUCUAUUUUCGCCAUCCAUAAUCCAACAUGGGCAGAUAUUCAGACCCUCCUAAAAUUUUUCCUCACACCAGAGGAACAUAGCCUGAUCCUAGAACAAGCUCGUGCUGAAGCCGAUAAGAUGCACGAGGAAGCUCCUUAUAAUCCGGUGAGAGCCCUUGGAGACCUGGCCAUCCCCACCACUGACCCUCGAUGGAACCCCCAUGAUGAGUGGGAUAGAAAUAGGCUGGAGCAUUACCGGAGCUGCAUCCUGAGUGGUCUGAAGAAUGGAGUCCCCAAACAAAGAAGCCUCAAUAAAGUUCUGCAGGUUAGACAGAAGCCUGACGAGGACCCCUUUGAGUACAUGGAAAGAAUGUUUAAGGCUUAUCGGCAGUAUGUGGAUAUAGAUCCGGAAGCUCCAGAGAAUCUACACAUGGUCAAUGAAACCUUCAUAAGGCAAGCUGCCCCUGACAUUUACAGGAAAUUGCAAAGCGUGAGAGGGGCUUCAGGAAUGCCCACAAAUCAGUUGGUUGAGAUUGCUUUCCAUGUUUUCCAAAACCGAGACAAGGUCCGGCAGAAGGAGAAAGAGCGCAGGAUGCGGCAGAAGGCAGCCUUGCUGGCGGAUGUCUUGAGGCAGGUGUGGUCAGACCCUCACCAGUGUGCACACCAGGCUGGUGCCGGUCCCAGGGUAAGAAACCCGAGGCCCGCAAAUUUGGGAUCCAGAGGCCACCCAAUCGUAGGACCAAACCAGUGUGCCUACUGCAAACGAGAGGGACACUGGAAGAGGGAGUGCCCCUCUCUGAAUAGGUAUUAGCCAAACUUCCAGAUGCCCCCGCCCUCCGGUCAUCCUUCCCCAUCUUCCGCCCAAGAACUCUCCAGGAAAUCUGGGCCCUGGGGACUCCUGACAGCCCUACAGCCUUCAUUGAAAUUUCCCCAUGGAACCCCGGGUCACCUUUUUUGGUGAAAAAGACACGUAACAGGUCUCUUGGUGUAGACUAGUGCUACCUAUGGAGGACAAUGCCAGGGGCAUUUGCGUGGUCCGGGUGGCUUAGUGGGUUAACUUACCUACCUUGGGCUCCAGUCAUGACCUCAGGAUCUGGGAUCAAGCCCCGAAUGUAUUUUUUUCCUUACCCUGUAAAUUCCUCACUAACUUCGGUCUUUUUUUUUUUUUUUUUUCCUGAAAUGCGUAAAAACUCCCUGCCUGGGUCAUUUUUUGGUCUCAAUUUCCUUAUUGGGCUUUGUAACAAAGGUUUGGGUUUUUUCCUCCUUUCCUGUCUCUUGUAAAUUGAAUUCUUUGUCUAGCUGGAAGACCUUGAGGGUAGAGGAAGAAUUUCCCCUCCCAGUAGUUGGCAUAGUGGGUAGGAUAUUUUGCUGGGCCAAAGCUGGUCCCAGACACUGCCACCACUGAGAUCCUGGGACAUCUGAUAAUACAGCUGGCAGAAGGUAGGAUUUUCUUUUUUUUUUAAACACAUGGUGUGAGCCUUCUGGAAUCUCUGUCUGCAGAGUCUAAUGGAACAAGAGUCUUUUGUACUUUUCUCUAAAUUUCAAUUAGCAAGAGAAAAUACUAGGGGAUUAGCUCCUUGGGCUUUGCAACUCAUGGGGAAAAUUUGGCAGCACCCUCUGGUUGCUGAUUAUUUUUUCCCAGAGAUGGUCUUCAUUGGUGUGUGUCUUCUGUGUUCUUUGUUCAUAAAAAGGAAUGAGCAUAGGGCAGGCAUAUAGGGCAGAUCCCAGAAGUCUCAUUUUUUCAGUUUCUGGUUCUCACCAGACCAGCAUCUGUUUGGACAAACUGCUGUGAGUCCCUCUAUAAAAGCCAGAUGCAGUUUUUCCUUUUGUCAUGUUCUGUGCCCUAAGAGCUUGCCUUUGUGACCAGUGAGAACAUUCUCUCUGGUUUCCAACAUCCAGACAGUGCAGUUACUGGGGUGUGCCUUGGGUAUCCACGUAGAGUACCCCAGAUAGGCUGGGGAUCUUGGACACCAUUAACAAAAAGCACACUCAGACCAGCCAUGACACUUCUCAGGAGAGUUUCAUAAGAAGUCCCAGCUUAUAAGGGGCAUUUUGUUGUCUAAAGGGUCAGUGCUGGAAAAGUCCCAUUCCAGUUAGUCCCUGCCCAGUGUCACAGAUUAGUGGGUCUGUAACUGGAGGCAUCUCAGAUUUGUGGGAGACCAGAGACAUCCUUACCACCUAUGCAAUGGAGGUCUUUGCUUUCUUAGAUUAUUUUGGGGGAAUAAACUUGGAUCAUGGGGA